CCUCUGCACCUGCUAAAAAGGAAGGCUAGGGCACAGCUCAGCUCAGGAGUGCCGUUCCCUGGCAGCCAGGAGUCUGGCAUUUCCAGUACCUGUUGUUGAUCUUUGACCCCUGCCCCUCCCACCUUUCUUCCCUGCUGGUCUCUCCUGUUUUCAGUUUCCUCACUUCCCUGGCAACCUUGCUCUGACUGGCAGUUUAUCCCAGCUCCUUGCCCAGGCCAUUCCUUCCAUGCUGUCUUCAAACCCUGCUUCCUGCACCUCCCCCAACCCUGACAGGGAGAACUCAAGUAAGAAGGUCCAGUGGGCUUCUGGGAAGAGGAGGACGUCUUCCACAGACUCAGAGUCAAAGUCCCACCCCGACCCGUCCAAGGCGUCCAGGUCCCGGAGACCGAGCCGGCUGACGGUGAAGUAUGACCGGGGGCACCUCCAGCGCUGGCUGGACAUGGAGCAGUGGGUGGAUGCGAAGGUUCAGGAGCUCUUCCAGGAUCAACCAACCCCUUCUGAGCUGGAGAUUGACCUGGAAGCUCUCAUGGAACUAUCCACAGAGGAGCAGAAAACUCAGUUGGAGGCUCUUCUCCGAGACUGUCCCAGCCCCACAGAGCCUUUUAUCUCCGAACUGCUCAGUCAACUCAAGAAACUCCGGAGACUCAGUCGGCCUCAGAAAUAAGACUUGUCAGACUACGUUUAGCAGCCUCAGCACCGUCAGGCCUGCCCCGAGCCUCUGGAUCCCAGGCUGAGAGGGAAGUGGCUCCUUGGAACAUGGACAAGGAACAUUGGAAGAUGAGGAGGUCACAUGUGCCACCCCUGCUGUAUGUACCGUCACAGCUAGCUCCUGUCAGUUGGGCUUUCUGGGAGCCAGUCAUGGCUGCUGCCCAGUGUUUUCCUUGACAGCCAAGUGGAUAAAACCUUUAGGAGUCCCAGCUGAA